AUGACUGAGCGGAAUGACCCUAAGGUGAUAAAAACCAUCAUCAAAGGCCUUGAGAGCCGCGAUGAGGGGGAGCGAAAUUCGGUGGCUUGGAAGCUGCGAAACGCUGCAGAUGGCGAUGACGAGCUGGCACCCACCGGUUCGCCGUGCGGCCGCGCGCACUCUGCGCGAGGUGGCGGGUGA